GCAAUGGUGGCAUUGCAAUGAAUGCUAGCGUCUACAAUCCAAUGUUUAUUUUGGGUGCCAAGCAGCUGUUGACGCGGUUCGGCUUGAAGUUCUUCAACGUCGCUUACCUGAGCACUUCCUCGCCUCGUGCUGAUUGGAUUCGACGCAAUACUCCAAGAAAGCCGGAACUUUACAAAAUACCAAAGGCCUUUACUAUAUUGGAAGAAGAAAUGACACUACCGGAACCUUGUAAACCUUCCUCAGCUGAAGAUGAGCUCAUUGCACAUGACAUAAUUGGACGUGUUAAUGCGGCCAUUGUGGACAACAAAUAUCGCUGCUUCGCUGUCGUCCACGUGGCCGGAAAACAGUUCAAAGUCACAACCGAUGACUUAAUUAUGGUUAAAACGCCUCUCUUCGGUACCGAAGUUGGCGAUCGCAUUCGUUUAGAAAAAGUCCUCCUCGUUGGAUCCAAUGAAUUCACUCUCAUCGGCCGACCUAUUCUUCAACCGAAGCAAGCAUGCGUUGAAGCUCAGGUGAUCGAAAAGACCUUGGAACACCCUAAAUUGUGGUUCCAGUUUCACCGUCGACGAAGACACAAGAAAAUGAGAGUGUUCCAGGAUAAUGUUGCAGUUCUGAGGAUUACCGACAUAAGCGUUAACACGAUUGAAGAGGGCGCCGAACUCCCCACCCAAUGAAUCCCAUGUAAUCUCAUUUUGUAUAAUAAUACAGUAUAUUUUUGCUC